AUGGCUGCGGCUCGAGCGGGAUCGGCAGGACGGAAAGUCGGACGGGUAAGCCCCAGGCCCCAGCGGCAGCGCGGCUCCUGCCAACAGCUCUCCCACCACCGCACUAGGUUCUUGCAUCAGCGAAAGGGAACGACACCCCGCCCUCUCCUCUCGAGCGUUGGAAAUGCGCCUGCGCAGCUCCCGUCAGGGCGCAGGCGCGCGGAGGAGCCGACCGAGCGUGCUCCGUCUGGCGCGAGUUACCAGGCGACGCCGCCGCGCCCUGCAAGCCGGGACUUAGAAACGGCCUGGCAAGAGGCAAUCUGUCGGGAAGCCUCAAAAUACUCGUUUACGACGUUUCUGCUUGAACGCGAUGGGGGCAUCGUGCAGUUUCCCUUGAGGCAUAAUAACAGCUGCUUCCCUUUAAGGGGCCCCCACAUUGUCAGUGUCCUCCAGCCAGAGACCACCAAGAACACCCCUGUAGCUGAACAAAGUUGGGCGUCAGUCUCCUUGCAAGGGAGGAAGGCACACCUUGAGGAAGCGCGGGCCAUCUCAGGAAGAGGGUGCUGGAAAGAAUUUACAGGAUUUGGGCUGGUGUUAGGUGAUUUGGGGGAGGGUUCAAGGAAUCAGUCCUACUCUCUGCAUUGGAUGCUGUUAGUUGGAGAUCCAGAAGCCAAGUUAUGGAGUCUGCAAAAAAUAAUGAGAAAUGCAGAAACGGACUACUGGAAUCUUUACUCUGGGCCAUUCUUGAUGCUCAGUACCACCCCAGAUCUCCAGGUGCUCAAUAAAGACUCUGAAGAAAACCAUAACGAGAUACCACCUCACACCCAUUAGAAUGGCUAUUAGGAGAAAAAACAAAACAAAACAGAGAAGGACAGGUGUUCGCAAGGAUGUGGAGAAA